GGUGGCAGUGGGUUGGGUAGGAGGGUUAGUUCGCUGGAGGAGAUUGUUGGUAGAAUUAACAGUAAGCAUGAGGCCGAUGAGGCUAAAGCUGAGAAGGAACGAGAGGAGGAAGAUAGGAAGCUACGCGAGAAAGAAGACGAAGAGCGAAGAAUGAAAGAGAAGAAGGAACGGGAGGAUCUUCAGAGGGAAAUGCAUAAGGAGAUGGCCUCCAAGUUGGAUAAGGUCUGCGAGGCUGUCAACACUAAGAAGGCAGGAGGGGACGAUGAAGUAGUGAAGCUACGGGCUCAGGUUGAAGCGCUUACUCGUCGUUGCUACAACAUGGGUGGUGUGCAGGAGUCGAAGGAGGGAGGUAGCGACGAAGUGUCUAGGUUACGGGCGCAAGUUGAACAGUUGAAACGUGGCAAGGACGUUGCGAGUACGUCGGAAGCUGUUUUCCAACCCGCCAGUGAUACGGAGGAGGUUGCUCGACUCCGGAAAGAACAUGCAGAGGUUAAGGCGGCCACGGAUAAACGUUUGGCCACGUUGGAAGAAGUGAUCUUCGCUUUGCAAAAACAAUGCGAAGCUGCUGAGGCGAAUGCUGAUGUUUGGAGGAAUGAGGCUCUUCGCCCUGGCAAUAAGCGUGGCAGCGUGGUUAUUGGUCACACUCCGGUCAGUGAAGCUCGUGUACGUGCCAGGAUGACCCCCGCGGCGUCACCGUGUCCUGGUGGUAGGGUUAACCCUCAGUUGAAAGACAUGGUUGAGGGACAUCAACGUGAGGUGGAGCUUUUGAAGGAGAUGCGUGCUCGGGAAGUUAAAGCUAGAAAGGAGUCGGAGGAUGAAGUUGAGCGGCUUAAGGUUGAGAUUGGAUGACUGAAUACUGGGCUGCGGUCUAAGGGAACGAACCUCAGGAAAAAGAUGGACGAGGUGGUUGGACCUUCUGCUAAAAACGAUAAGGGCAAAACCACU